UUUCUCAAUAAAAAUGAAAAGAGAGAGAAGAUAGUGAGCAUAAAAUGAGAAAUAUUACUGUUAAACCACACCUCCUCUUCUCCAUCAUUCCUCUUUUUUAUAGUUAUCCUUUCUUUUCUUUCAUUCCUUCCUUCCUAUUAUCUCCUUCAUUUCUCACAAACACACUAAUCAAUGGAGAUGGAUAAUGAGAAUAAGAAACAUCCCUUGGCGCAACAAAUUCAGCAUCCUUUUCACAAGGAACAUCCCUUGGUGCUACUGGCAGAGCAAAGCAAUGAAGCUCUCAAAGCUUACUGCGAUGGAUGUGGGGAACUGCUUUCAGCUCCAUGCUUCACUUGUAUUCAUUGCAAUUAUCACCUUCACAAGCAAUGUGCAGAGGCACCCCUUAAAAUUCCUAAUCACCCUCUCCAUCCCGAGCACUCAAACCAAGGUUUUUUUCUUCGACAAAGGCCACACUAUGAUAAUGACCUGGUAUAUGGUUGUGUAUUAUGCAAGGAAAAACGUAACAUGUUUUUUUAUGAAUGUAGAGAAUGUUAUUUUUCCAUUGACAUCAAAUGUGCGUAUUUAUCUUCAUAUAAAUUUAACCAACCAUCCAAACAUGACAUCCACCAACAUCCAUUAACCUUCAUAGAAAGUCCCACGACCAUAGAUGUACCCAAAAGAUUUAACUGCUCCUGGUGUCAUGAACCAUUGAUAGAUGCUAUAUAUUUUUGUUUUGAUUGUCCAUUCAUCAUUCACAAGAAAUGCCUUGAUGAGUUACCCACUGAAAUUGAUCACCUUACACAUCGCUUACACCCUUUUAUUCUUAACCGUAGUGAUAGUGAUUACUUGUGCAACCUAUGCCAAAAGCAACAUUCCGGACCUUUUUACGGUUGUUCUCUUUGCCAUUUUAACAUCAAUGUUGAAUGUUCUUGGCCGAGGUCUAUUGUUGAAGAUAAAAGUAGCCAUCAGCACCCAUUCUCUUUGCUUUGGAGACAAGCUUCAUUCAUUUGUGAUGCAUGUGACACUGAGGGAAAUUAUAUUUCUUAUAUAUGUUUGAAAUGUUGCAUCGAAGUCCACAAGAAAUGCACUUCACUCCCACGCAUUAUCAAAUUUUCUCGACAUGAUCACUGCAUUUUUCACAAACAUUUUCUUCAAACACGAGAGCUUACAAGACAAGACUGCAAAAUUUGUUUCAAUGAGGUGAAACUAGAUCGUGGCAGUUACUCUUGUGGGAAGCCAGACUGCAAUUACGUUGUCCAUGUGAAUUGUGUCUUAGAGAAUGAAAAGUUGUACGAGGUAAUUGAGGAUGAAAAACAAUAUGAGGAGCUUUAUGAAAAAUCUAUGCAGUCUUCUAUCAUUCGUGUUAUUGAGGUGAAUGAAGUUGGGGAAGCUACAAAGAUUCAACAUUUCACUCAUCAACAUUACUUGGGGUUAGCAGACAAGAUGGAGGAAGAAAUUGAUAGAAAAUGUGAUGGGUGCAUGCUAUCUAUCUCAACUCUCUUCUAUUAUUGCUCAGAAUGCCCCUUUUUUCUUCACAAAACCUGUGUUGAAUUACCAAGAAUCAAGCAACAUUGGUUUCGUCAAGCCAGUGCCACCCUUUUUUUUAAAGACUUCCAGAACUGUGACUUUUGUGAUCAAAGUUGUAGUGGUUUCUUCUAUGAAAUUGAUGAGUGGUGGGAUAUGUGCAUAAGGUGUGCUAAAGUUGUUGAUAUCAUUGAAUGUGAAGGACACCAACACUUCCUCUUUUAUGAUUUCAAUUACGAAAAGGAAUGUAAUGGUUGUGGCGUUGAGAACAACAAUGGUGCAUUUAGAUGUGGAGAAUGCAGAUUUGCUUUGGAUUUUGGAUGCUUAACAUUGCCACAUUCAUCUCUUCACAAAAUUGAUGAACACAUGCUAAACCUUACUUAUCACGAUGAUAAGGAGCAAAGUUAUUGUGAUAUUUGUGAACGAGAAAGAGAUCCAAGGCUUUGGUAUUAUUCUUGUUCAAUUUGCGAUACUACUGCUCAUCCCAAAUGUAUUCUUGGACAAUUUCCAUUUGUCAAGGAUGGGGUCACAUUUCCUUAUUAUGAUCACAAUCAUCAUCAUGAUCUUAAUUUUUUUAGGAAGGAUAAGGGCUAUCCUAAAUGCUCUAGUUGUGGAAAGCUUUGCCAAGAAGAAAUUCUCAAAUGUGAAGAGUCUACAUGCGACUACAUUAUCCAUUGCAAAUGUCUGAAUUAACAAGUCUAAAGCUUUGUGGUGUGAUUUGCUCAAAUGGAAAGCAUUGGAGGUUUUAUCCAACCCAAGGAGUUCAAAAAGGAUUUGACAUUUCAUUUCUACUUCUUCGAUGAAAAGAUGCUCAAAUUCAAAGUGUGAUUUGGUUUAAGAGUUGCUUUGUGUAAGAUUUGUUUGGGUUUGUCUGAUUUGAAUUCAAUAGUUCAUCUAUGAUUUGUUUGAGUGUGUAAGAUUUGAUUUCCAUAUUAUUGUGUGAUUAAUGUGUUGGAUUUGAAUUAUGAAAA